AUGCAUCAGGAUGGCUCAUUCAGUGCUUUUGGGGAACGCGAUCUAUCUGGUAGUGCAUGGUUAACUGCUUUCGUCCUUAAGUGUUUUGGUCAAGCACGCUCAAUAGUCAAAGUAGAUGACCAGGUUUUGUCAAGAUCUAUGGUAUGGCUUCUUGGGCAACAGGAUCAAGACGGGUCCUUCAGAGAACCUGGGACAUCAAUGAGAUGGGUUGACCAAUCAGGAACAAAGACCGGUGUUUCUCACACAGCGUUUAUUUUGAUCGCGAUGCUCGAAAACAGAGGAUUCAAAUUAGUAGCAGAUUCCCGUUUGAAUAAUGCAAUCACGAAGGCAAUGCAUUAUUUGGAGGCCCAGAUCAACGACCCACACGACAUGUACACUGUUGCGGUGUUAUGUUACGCCUUGGCGAAAUCUGGCAGUAGCAUAAGUCCGUCUUGCUUGAACAAAUUACAAACUGGAGCUUUAAACCAAGGUGACAAAACGUAUUGGCAACAUUCUCGGAUGGUAAACAAACGGGCAGACUCGAAAGCGGCGCCGUCACGGGCUCCAUCACGUGAUAUUGAGGCAACAUCUUACGCUCUUCUGACAUAUAGUGAACUCGGAAAACGGAAUGAGGGACGUAAGGUUGUCAACUGGCUUGUGUCACAGAGGAACCCGUCAGGCGGUUUUGCAUCGACUCAGGACACUGUUGUGUCGCUUCAAGCUUUGUCCGAGUUUGCAGCCCGCUUUCCAAUGGACCCGGCUUCAUUUUCCAACUACGGACUGCAUCUGAACACGACUGGAAAUAAUUUCGUGCAUGAAUAUCAGAUAACCCCGGCAACCUACGAUACCACUUAUAGUUUCGAGGUGCCGUCCAACGUGCCGAGCAUACACAUCUACACAACUGGUGAAGGAGUUGCGGUGAUUGACGUUACGACCUCCUACUAUAUCCAAAGCGAUCUUCAAGACCCGCGCAUCAGUAUAACUGCAGCCAUUAUAAAGGAAUCCCUUAACUCUCUCACUGUGCACAACUGCAUGCGUUGGACAGGCCAGACACCUAGCGGAAUGCUCCUUAUGGAAGUGGAAAGGCCAACUGGUUUCAUGACGGAUGUCGACAAACUCAACGCCCAAACCAUUAUCAAACGACAGGAAAGGAACGGCCGGUUUCAUGUUCUUUACUUUGAUAGUCUAGCGGGAAAUUCGCAAGUGUGUGUGGAUGUCAAAAUGGAUCGUUCGGACCCUGUUGUGAAAAGCCAAGCAUGUCAUGUGAUGGUAUAUGACUACUAUGAGCCAUCUUACCAAGCUGUUACAACCUACGAGUCAGGGAUUCUAAAAAGCACCACUAUUUGCCAAGUAUGUCCCUUGUGUGAAUGGUGCAAUGAGCUUUCCUUCCCGCAGAUUGGCGUUGGUCGGUAAAGUUCUUCUCAAUUUGAUUGAAAGCUUGGUCAGUGUAAAAA